UCUUUUCUCGGGUAAAUAUUUCGUCCUUCUCGAAGUUGUGUUUGCGGUAAAAUCGAUGGAGCAGGAGAGGAAAUCAGGAAAUGAAAGGACCAAGCCCGAAACAAAUGUGACGGUUAACGAGAACAAGGUGUCAGUGACGGCGAAUGAGAACAUGGCGUCAGUGACCGCGUCUGUAGAGAUUGUGGCAGCGAAUGCAAAUAUUGCGGGAGUGAGUAUAAACGUUGAGAAAGAUUCGUUAAAGGAAGAGAAUGGAUGCCUCAUUGACAACGAGCAGUCCAAGCCAUCGGAAACUGUUCAAAAAUCUGGUGCAAAUGAUAAUGCGUUUCCUAAUCCGCCUGAGCAAUUGCUUCUGCUGGAUGGUCGAUUGAGAGACCUCCCGACAUUUUUGACCACAUGCAGAAGGAGGCAAUCUAAAGGAACAGAUGACAUGCCAGGUUCUAAAAUUCCCACCUCUAUUCUAAGGAUCGGAAGCUGGGAGUAUAUCUCAACGAAUGAAAAUGGGUUGGCUGCGAUUUUUUGGUUUGGAGAGCAGAUGCUGGUUUGGGAAGUAAUUGCAGGCGGUAAAAAGAAUCACAUAUUAAUUCAGUGGUGUGAUAUUGUGGCUCUCAAGGCUAGCUGUCCUGAUAAUGAACCUGGAACACUUACUAUUGUGCUGGCUAGACAGCCUACUUUCAUUAGCACAAAGUAUCCAAAACCACAACACAGAGAGUGCAACAUAUGGGAAGUGACACCAGAUUGUACACACGGACAGGCAAGCAUACACAGGACACAUUUUCUGCAAUUUCCACAGGGGAUCUUAAAAGCACAGUUUGAAAAACUCAUCCAGUGUGACAUGCGUCUGAGGCUUUUAAGUCAACAGCCAGAGAUCGUUUUGGAUUCACCAUAUUUUGAGCACCAUUCAUCUGUUUCUGAGGAUCAAGAUGAAGCAAAAGGUCAAGAUAUUGAUCAAGUUAUUUCUGAUUUUCAAGAUCUAGCAUCACCAUCUGCUGGUCACUCACCUACCCUAGAGAUUGGAAAGGGGGAUAUUGCUGGUGAAACAUCAGAGCACAUGUCCCAAGAAGCUCCUCCCAGCUCAGGCAGUGCUAUAUCUAUUUUAGCCAUUGGGUUACUCGUCAAGUAGUUCUUCAACGAAUUUUAAAAUUCAUUAUAUAAGGAUCUACUGCUUCAGGCACCAAAACUGCUUCAGACACUGCUGACAAGCCCAAGGUUUUUCAAGUUUCUGCCUCUAUUCUAAGGAUUGGAAG